AUGCCCACCGUGGAUGACAUUCUAGAGCAGAUAGGGGACUUUCACUUUUUCCAGAAACAAACAUUUCUCCUCUUAGCUCCGCUCUCUGCAGUCUUCACCCCCAUCUAUGUGGGCAUCGUCUUCCUGGGCUUCACUCCCGACCACCGCUGCCUGAGCCCCGGGGUGGCUGAGCUGAGCCAUCGCUGUGGCUGGAGCCUGGCCGAGGAGCUCAACUACACGGUGCCGGGCCUGGGGGCUGCAGAUGAAGCCUUCCUCCGCCAGUGCCGGCGGUAUGAGGUGGACUGGAACCAGAGCACCCUCGGCUGCCAGGACCCGCUGUCUGGUCUGGCCGCCAAUAGGAGCCACCUGCCGCUGGGCCCCUGUCGUGACGGCUGGGUGUACGACACACCCGGCUCCUCGAUCGUCACUGAGUUUAACCUAGUGUGUGCCAAUUCCUGGAUGCUGGACCUGUUUCAGUCGGCAGUGAACGUAGGAUUUUUUAUCGGUUCUGUGAGUAUCGGCUACAUAGCAGACAGGUUUGGCCGUAAACUCUGCCUCUUAGUUACGAUCCUCAUAAAUGCUGUGUCUGGAGUUCUCAUGGCCGUUUCCCCAAGCUAUACUUGGAUGUUAAUUUUUCGCUUGAUCCAAGGACUGGUCAGCAAAGCAGGCUGGUUAAUAAGCUACAUCCUGAUUACAGAAUUUGUUGGGUUGAACUAUCGGAGGACGGUGGGUAUCUAUUACCAAGUCGUCUUUACCAUUGGGCUCCUGGUGCUAGCCGGGGUGGCCUACGCACUUCCUCACUGGAGGUGGCUGCAGCUCACGGUUACUCUGCCCAACUUCUGCUUUCUACUCUACUACUGGUGCAUACCUGAAUCUCCGAGGUGGCUGAUCUCCCAGAACAAAAAUGCCAAAGCCAUCAGGAUUAUUAAGCACAUCGCAAAGAAAAAUGGAAAAUCUCUGCCGGCCUCUCUUCAGAACCUGAGACCUGAUGAGGAAGCAGGUGAGAAGCUGACUCCUUCGUUUCUUGACUUGGUCAGAACCCCCCAGAUCAGGAAGCAUACUUGGAUCUUGAUGUAUAACUGGUUCACGAGCGCUGUUCUCUAUCAGGGCCUCAUCAUGCACAUGGGCCUAGCAGGGGACAAUGUAUACCUGGAUUUCUUCUACUCUGCCCUGGUUGAAUUCCCAGCUGCCUUCGCCAUCAUCCUGACCAUCAACCGCAUUGGUCGCCGUUACCCUUGGGCUGUGUCAAAUAUGGUGGCAGGGGCAGCCUGUCUAGCCAUGGUUUUUAUCUCUGAUGAUCUACAGUGGCUAAAGAUCAUUGCCGCAUGCAUGGGCAGAAUGGGCAUCACGAUGGCCUAUGAGAUGGUGUGCCUGGUCAAUGCCGAACUGUACCCCACUUUCAUCAGGAAUCUCGGCGUCCUCGUCUGCUCCUCCCUGUGUGACAUUGGUGGCAUCAUCACACCCUUCCUGGUCUACCGGCUCACCCACAUCUGGCUCGAGCUCCCACUCAUGGUGUUCGCUGUGAUUGGUGUGGUUGCUGGGGGACUGGUGUUGUUGCUACCAGAGACCAAAGGGAAGGCUUUGCCUGAGACCAUUGAAGAAGUGGAAAACAUGCAGAGACCAGGAAAAAAUAAAGAAAAAAUGAUUUAUCUGCAAGUCAAGAAACUAGACAUUCCACUAAACUAAGAAGAGAGAACCAUUACUUCUGCAAUGGCCUUGUUUCGAUGAUGCCAAGGCCAGAAGCAGAGGCUUCUUCACUCAUCACAAAGCCCAUGCAAUCAAACCUUACUUACCCUUGAGCCCUAUCAACCUAGAUCUAUAGCCAAUGGAGUCUGUUAUACCACCAUGUAAAAACCUACCUAUGGGACCAGAUCCUGCCAAGCCCUUCCAGCUCACUCUGUUCUCAGCACUCCUAGAACAAUGGCUGUUGGUUUGCUGGAAUUAUUUUUUCCAUCUUUAUAUUUCUUUAUUUGAUUCCUUUCCCCACAGUGACAUCACACCAAAACACACAGAGGAACUUGGCACCAGGAAGACAGAAUGGAAAAGAUCUGAAAAACAAUAAAGCUGAGGGAAGAGAGUCUAUUUUCCUAAAAGACGUAGAAUGCCCAAAGUGAUAUCAAGUUGUCCAGAAUAUAUGUCAAGAAUUUUAAAUAGACUUUUCCUUAUCAUAAGUGAAGAAAUUUUAAAAUACAUUGAUUAUUAUCUGUAUUUCAUUUGAAGGGAACCUCAAAUAAAAGAAUCAGGAAUACAGCUUGAAUAAUCACUAAGUCCUUCUAUAUUUAGACUGGAUAAGUACAAAUGUGUGGUUUCCACAAAAGAUCUUGAGAACAGUUCAACAAAAAACAUUGUUGGUAUUAUUAAACUGUAAGUGAUCAUUUCAAAGUCUGGUAAAAAUUCCUCAAAAUUUGUAAAUUUUAAAAAUUAUACUCAUAUUUCACCAAAGUAAUAUGGUUAAGUACAUUUAAAUGCUUUUUUAAAAUACAUUUUUAAAAGCUAACUACAACAAGGCCCAUAAUGAAAAACAAAAGUUUCUUGUCCUAUUCCACCUCUACCAACUCCUCAAAGAAAAUUUUCGAAUAUUUUAGCUAUGUUUUCCCCUGAAAUUUAUCUCCAUAUGUCCAAAUAACUUUGUUAUAUUGGCAUUUCUUGGUUUUUCAGUUUUAAGUAUUAUUUCUUGACUUUUUAAGGUAAAAGGUGAAAAUUAACCCUCUUCACUUCUCCCCUCACCCCAACACAACUCCUCCCUUCCCU